GGGGGCUGCGUCGAGUUGGCCGUGAAUGUGCCUGACGUGCAUGACGGGGCAUUCAAAGGUGGCGCGCGCGAGGGGGGAGGGGUGCGUCGUCUGCCGCGGGAUCGAUCCCCGAGCAGUCCCCGCAACACACCCGGCCUGCCGCCGCCCGCACUGUUGACCUUGUUCUGGGACAAUUUUCUUAGCAUUUAGACCGCGCGGUGAAAGUUUUCCUAGGGGGGAAAUCUCUCUUUUUUAGAGGGAGGGAGGGAAAAGUCUAUUGCUUUUUCCCUAGAUGGAAUUAGGAUAGCAUUUUUAAAAAUAUCAUAAAGUUAUACGACGUUAUUACUAGUUCUAGUUAUUUGAAAAGAUCGAUUUGAGGGAAAGUAAAUAGUGUCCGAAACAAAAAUAAAACGCUUGAAAGCAAGUGAAAAGAGUGGUCGGCGGCUCAGCUGGGCUUCACGUAUGUGUUCAGAAGGGAUGAAGAUGGCAGCCUCAAGGUGUGGGUUCACGCGUCUCCUGUUGCCCGUUGCCAGAACGACCUUAAAUACCAGGAUCAGAACGUUCCCAUGCUCCUCAUCUACACAGCCAUGCCUUGCCUUGGGACUUCAGAAGCAGCAGUUGCCAUUUGCAACAAGUGCCUUGACAGCAAGCUCAGAGAAAGCCGAACCAUCCUCAGAUCUUCUGCUGAGUGAUUCCUGUGUUGCUAGACUGAAGGAGAUCCUGGGGAAUGAGGAUAAAACAUCCUUUUUGAGAGUAAUUGUGGAAGGUGGCGGUUGUUCAGGAUUUCAGUACAAGUUUGACAUAGACACAGAAGAACAAGAGGAUGACAGGUAAUGUAUAUGAAAAAAAUAGACAUGGUA